GCUUUUCUCUCUCGCGUAGUGCGUAUCGUAGCGGAGCAGCGGGUGCGUUAUUGUUGUUUUGUGCAGUUAGUUUAAGUGAACUUCUUUUUUUUGGGUAAACUUUUGCUGUUCUGUUCUUCAAACGGCAAGUUCCUGCAACAAACUUUCCCGCCCUGUGUUUUACCGAUCGACAUCCGGUAACCGGAAGUUGUAGCGAGUGGUGAGCGUGAGCGAGGUCGAAUACGAAAAUUGCCUAGCGGCGAACAGAAUCACCCCCCGCGGAAAACGUCGAAGGGAAUCUACAACACAACGUGUGCCAACGAAUUAUAUUAUCGUAAAUUUCCGUUCGAAUCUUUCCGAGCAAAAAGUGUGAGUGAGUGCGUGUGUGUGCGCGAUGGCAGAAAACAAAGGAAUGCUGCUGGCCAAAUCCGUCCAGAAACAUGCUGGCCGCGCCAAGGAAAAGCUGCUACAAAAUCUCGGCAAAGUCGACCGAACGGCAGACGAAAUUUUCGACGAGCAUUUGACAAACUUUAACCGACAGCACACCUGUGCCACCAGGCUGCAGAAAGAGUUCUCCAACUACAUCAGAUGUGUUCGUGCCGUACAAAAUGCCUCGAAAAGCCUAAUGGAUGCCAUAACCGAAGUAUACGAAAGCCAGUGGACCGGCUCGGAAGUGCUGUACGGUCAGACCAAAACCAUCGAUACACAGUACCAGCAGUUCUCGUACAAGCUGGCCGACCAGGUGCUGAAGCAGCUGGACACGUACGCGUUACAGUUUCCGGAAAUGAAGAAAAAGAUUGACAAACGUGGCCGCAAGCUGGUGGACUACGAUAGCCAGCGGCAUUCUUUCCAGAGCCUGCAAGCGAACGCCGCCAAACGCAAGGAUGAUUUGAAGGUUACAAGAGGCCGGGAACAGCUGGAGGAAGCAAAGAGCACAUACGAGGUGUUGAAUUCGGAGCUGCACGACGAACUGCCGGCCCUGUACGACUCGAGAAUACUGUUCCUGGUGACGAACCUGCAGACGUUGUUCGCCUGCGAGCAGCAGUUUCACAGCGAAACGUCCAAGGUGUACGCCGAGCUGGAAGCGAUCGUCGACAAACUGGCCACCGAAUCGCAGCGCGGUUCCUACACCCUGAAGAAGAUCAACGCUAACUCGAACCCAUCUAGCCCCCAGCAGUCGCCAGUGAAAGCGAAUCUAUCGAUUGUGAAUAAUGUCACUAACGGUUCGGCCAAUGCUAACGGACAUACCUCCGCACAAAGUGUGCUCCCGUCGCCGAGAACGCCAUCGCCCCAUCAGCAGCCACCGGAACAGCAAACGCCGGAAGAUGACGAACCGUCCUAUCAGAACACGGAGAUGGUAAAGGCUGCUGCCGCGGCGGCUAAAACGCCCACCACGAACGGUACCGGGCCAAAGCACGAGCCGGAAACGGUGAACGGCGGAACCGCGAGCACCUCGACCCCGAAAGAAAACGGUCAGGGACCGGCAGUGGCGCCGGCGACGACGGAGGAAAGCACUGCACCGGUCACCGGCGGUACAAAUGGUACGCUUCAUGCUCAUCCACCGUCACCCACUAACCAGCUUUCCGGGCGCCAAACGCAUCCGCCAACCACCACCACCGCCGCCGCCAAUGGCAUUAACGGCGCGCCCAGCAGUAACGCUCGGGGGGCACAAGAAAAUGGGAUGCCGGAACCAAAGCUACCCCCGCAGGCAACGGCAGCACCAACAACGGAUGUAACCGCUGCUGCUGAAGCUACUGUUGUCACUACUACCGCUGACCACCCAGCUGCUGCUGCUGCUGCUGCUGCUACUGCUGCUAGUGCUAAUGCAGAUGUGCCAACGCCCGGUGCUACUACCACCACCGGCGCAGCUGUUUCACAAACAAGUGCAACGACAACCACGGACCUGCCGCCGGGCGUCCUGUAUCGCGUGAAAGCCACGUACAAGUACGUCCGGGAGGAUGUGGACGAGUUGAGCUUCGAGGUGGGCGAUGUCAUUAAUGUGGUCGAGUACGAAGAUCCGGAGGAUCAGGAGGAAGGAUGGCUGAUGGGCACGAAGGACGGCACAAACGAGAAGGGCAUGUUCCCGGCCAACUUUACCAGGCCACUGUAAAAAAAAAAAAACAAAAAAAACGGGGGUGGUUUUUCUUCCCCGUAAAUAUAUGGAAAAUACGCAGUGGCUUGUCCGCCAAAACCAGCAACAAAUCAUCUUCCGGAAGCCACCAAACCACCACCACCACCAUAGAGAGGGAGUGAUUUGUGUACUUCUCCUUCUGUACACCAUUUUAGGCAUUUGGAAAAUUAGUAAACCACACACACACACACACGAAAUAUCAUCAGCAGGACAGCGUGUCCCGUCGGUGUCUGUAUGUCCGGUGCGUAGUAGAUCAGCCGAACCGAGUUUAGUCAUCCGUGUAUAGAGCAGGAUCUCGAGAUCAGCUGAAAUGAACGGCGUUCACACAUGUUUUGUUUUGUUUUUUGGGAAGGUUUAAGUUUAACUUCACCGUACGUUUCACAGGAGUGUGUAGAAUGUAUUGUCUUCGUGUACUUUUAAUUGGCCCCAUUAUCAAGCGAGAAACACCCGAACGAACGCGCCGGGAUUGCUGCAACCAACCAACACGACCGAGCAGUAGAAGCGAUAGUAUAGUAGUAGCAGUAGCUGAGCAGUAGCGGUAGUAGUGUCCGCGCCCAAUUUUGUUGUCGGGUGAACGCUGCGAACGGUAGCACCGGUGGUUGUUUUGUAUUAGGCUUCGGGGUUUUUCGGUUUCGGUUCGGUUCUUCUCCCUAAUUGUUUUGGGCGUGUCCCUGCCCUGCCACCAUCAUCAUACCGUCUCCUCUAACAACGGAUAACACAACCACACAACCAUACACUCUAAUCACAUCUAACACAGCAUCAUGAUGGCCAGAUGAAGAACGCGACCGACCGAUUGCACUGGACAAACUAACUGGUUGCGACACAACACUGUGCAACGUGUGCCUUCUGUUUUAUUUUGUUUGUACUAAAAGCAAGCCCCCAACCCUAGGCCGGAAGAAGCAAAACGUGUCGAAACUGGGUCGAAAUUAAGCACACACUUACACCUGGGCAACACACAAAGGAAGGUUUUGUUGCUGUUGUUGUGUAAGCAGUCUGUUAUCAUCUCGUUAUUUUAUCAUUAUUAAAAGUGCAUUGUUAAAGCGCAGCGAUGCUUCCUGUCUGUGUUUUUCUUUUUUUGUGUUGUCUCUUCUCUUUUAAAAAGCAUCCCCCCACGUGUGGGAGGCACCGCCACCAAACCUAACCGAUUUUCUUUUUUUUUCUUUCCUUUACAUCUCAUCCCCAAUUAUACCUUUACACACACACACAAUACGCGUACUACAAAAAACGAAUACAAUCGAAUAUGUAAUAGUGCCCAGUUUUCGGAUGCGUGUAUUUAGGAGGAGGGUCAGAUAGAGGAGGGGACGAGAGUGAGAGCAAGCGAAACAAAAGGUGUUUUAAUGAUAGGAAAACGGGAAUGGGGCAGUGGUAGUACGAGUACGCGUGUGUCAUCUGUCAUCUUUCUACUUGCUGAGACAACAACUACUACCCUCCUCCCCCCCCCCCCUCUUCCAACUACCUACCGGGGCAAGCGGUCUAGAGAAGUAAGAAUGCGCAUUGUGGAAAACAACCUUAUCGUGCGAAAGAAAUAAAUCAUUUUGUUUGUGAAUA